ACCCAUUUCACUGAAGAUAUGGUUGAGAACGGGAACUGGGAAAACUGGUUUAUUUUGUGCUCAUUGUGGUGCCAAAGAAGUGGCGGUCAAGGGACAGUUUGUUCAGAUGCGAGUGCAUAAUUGAUGGGCAAUCCCUCCCUGCCCACUACCCUACUUUGCUAUGGACAAUCAUCUGUUGAUGCCUAUGUGGAUAGCCAAUGCUUCCUCUGACUAAAAGGAAUGUGUGAGGGUUUGGUCAGCUUGGGAACUGGAAAUGGGGCCGUAGCUCAGUGGCAGAGGACGUGCUCUGCGUGAAGAAGGUCCCCAGUUGAAUCCCUGGCAUUUCCAGGUCCAGGCUAUGAAAGAUCUCUGAAAAGCCUGGAGAGCUGCCGCCAGUCAAUGUAGACAGCCCCGGAGCUGGAUGGCUCAAUGGCCUGACUUGCUAUAUUCUUAUGCUUAUGUUCACAUGGCAGUCCUUGAGCAUGCAUUAUGUAGCUCAGCUAAGGUACAUCCUGCCUAGUGGAAAAGACAUUUCCUCUGUGCUUGGCUUGUUUCAGAUCACCUUCUACGAAGGCAAGAACUUCCAAGGGCGCCGCUAUGAGUGUGACAGGGACUGUUCGGAUUUCCACACUGACUUGAGUCGCUGCAAUUCCAUCCGUGUGGAGGGAGGUGCCUGGGUUGUUUAUGAGCGGCCAAACUUUGCAGGGAACAUGUAUGUGCUGACUCAUGGAGAGUAUCCUGAAUACCAGCGCUGGAUGGGCCUCAAUGACCGCAUCAGCUCAUGCAAAUCCAUUCAGUUAUCCAGUGGAAGCAAAUACCAGAUUCAGCUCUUUGAGAAGGGUGACUUUAGUGGCCAGAUGCACGAAUCCACAGAGGACUGCCCUUCUGUCAUGGAGCAGUUCCAUUUCCGGGAAAUCCACUCCUGCAAAGUCCUGGAUGGGGCCUGGGUUUUCUACGAACAUCCCAAUUUCCGUGGCAGGCAGUACCUCCUGGAGAGAGGGGAGUACAGUAAACCUGUCGAGUGGGGGGCUGCAUCCCCAGUGGUCCAGUCCUUCCGCCGUAUUGCAGAGUAAUGAGUAGCAUGGAGCCUGCAGCUGAUGUGAAAGCUGACUCGAUGCCUUCAAUAAAGCACUUGUGAGCUUGA